AAUAUCAACAUUACAGUAAACGUGCAUGUGGAUGCUUGAACAUUGACGACGACCGCAGUGCGCCCCAGCUCGUACUAUACAAUGUCCCACACCGUCUCACGUCCACAACCCAUCCCUCCACCACCCGACACGGAUGUCCCAGACAACCUCCAACAUGCGACGCUCCGACUCAAUUUCCCUCCUUCCUAUGUCAUCGUGGGCGUUUACAGACUAUUCACCGACAAGUCUCUCUACAAGCCUGCGUGGGAUAAAUGCAAACAUGGCGUACGGCGGGGUGCAAUUGUCGGUUUUAUAUGGACCUGUUUCACGUAUGACGUGCAAAAACGCUUCGUUCGUGUACUCCUGAACCACCCCUCAUCGAUAUUCUAUCCAAAAUCCAUGGCCCGUCUCUCCAAAACUGCUACCGAUCUUUCGGAAGAAACAUUCAUGGGCAUAAAGCUGCCCUUGAAUAUGACCACCUAUGUGACAGCGAUUUUAAUUGGCACGCAAGUCACAGCCAUACUCACCUUCUUCCUUUCGCGUAAUAUCCGUAUCGCAAGAAGACGGGUAUGGGAUCAAACUGUUACUUCCCGGGGCAAAGGCCCGGAUUUUUGGCAGCCAUAUGUUGAAGAAUGGCAAGUACCUCCUGUCAUCGAACAGGAUUUGACGUCGCGCGUGAUCAACAAGUUUGGACUUUGGAUCAUCGCUGUGGUCGUGAAGAAAGUGAUUAUUAUUCCAUUGUCUUUGUACCCAUUCAUAGGCACCAUUGCUAUCGCGGCACUCAAGAGCAUGGAAACAGCCCGGUAUCUCCAUCAGCCAUAUUUCAAAGCCAAGAAGAUGACACCCCACGAGGUCGCAGUAUUCACCGAAGAACGAAAAUGGGAUUACAGGCUGUUUGGUUUUACUGCCGCCCUUCUGGAAGGGUUACCGAUCGUUGGGCUCAUAUUUACGGUAUCUAAUAGGAUAGGCGCUGCCAUGUGGGCACACGACCUCGAAAAGCGGCAACAUUAUUUUGCUUCUUUGCAUGUAUCACAAGGAGUGGAUGCUUCUGUUGUGGAUGCUGAGAAGUUGCAGUAGAACCGAGUCGGGUUUGAGAUGGAAGUUGGCGUUGUCUUAAUCUCGUGUAAAUUGUAUCAUUUGCAUCUGGUGUAUUUCUUGCCCCGGCUAGGUAAGCCGAGCCUCCUUCCGCCAGGCUGGGCCUGGCCCUUAGAAACUCGGUGUGUAGUUCGUCGGGGUUUUAUUCUGAGCGGGAGCCGUGCAUCAUACUAUGGUGCACGUCGACGUGCAACCCCGGAUGGCCGUGUCUUCCAUCACCUCUCUAGCCGCAG